GGCCCGCGGCAUCCGGAGCUGAGCAGAGCAGAGCACACAGCAGACCGGGAGGAGAGGGGCCGGCUCGGGUUUCGCAGACGCGCACUGACGGCGGAGCUGCGGCUGCGGGGAGCGCACAGGAAUAGAGUCCCGUUCCGUGAAUCAGCAACAUCACUCACUGACUGAUGUUCAGCAGCGCCAUGUGUGGCUGUCUACCGUCCAUCUAGAGUGGGAUCUGAGGGCGCAAAGUUUGGAGACUGAGCGGAAAAAGAAAGAAGAAGUUUCUGCAAAAGAGAGAAAGUUGUGCGCUCGUGCGGAUUUGAGUUCACCUGAUGACAACAAGGCUUUCCCAGAGGAGAUAACUGUAGGCUUUUAAAAAUGGAACAGAAUCACAAGUUUGGAGUUAGUGGGACACCGGGUCCGGAGCAGAGGACACCUGAAGCCUCCAAGGAGCCGCGGUGGAGGAACUGGAGAGAGGUGUCCGGGCUGACGCUUUGCAUCGCGUUGUGCGCACUGUGCGUUGGAGUUUGUAUCGUUGUUUUUGCGCGGACGUCGGAGCUGCAGUCCCGGAUUGGAAGUCUGGAGCAGCAGCAGCGGGACGCGCAGAUUUCCGCGUGGAUGUUGUCCCUGGAGCAGGUGGAGCCCCUGAUCAUGGGACGGCUGGACCAGAUUCUGGACGAGAAACUUGCAGCCCGAUUACCAAAGACCCGAGAGGCGAGAGAAGCUCCACACAACUGCCUCUGUCCUCCAGGCCCUCCAGGUCCUCCUGGACGAACAGGCUUUCCGGGUGACAAAGGAAGUAUGGGAAUACCUGGACGAAUGGGCUUAAAGGGACGAGCAGGGGAGAAGGGAGCACCAGGAGAGCCUGGUCUGUCCAUCAUCGGACCAAGAGGACCUCCUGGACAACCAGGGACAAGAGGAUUCCCAGGCUUUCCAGGUCCUAUUGGGUUGGAUGGCAAGCCUGGACAGAACGGACCCAAGGGAGACAUGGGUCAGCGUGGUCCUAAAGGACUUCCAGGAGAACCUGGACCUAAAGGAGAGAAGGGUGUCUGUGGAGACUACACGCACCGGGGGCUCUUUGUGCAGGAUCUGCCUCUGAAAACCCUGGCUGCCUUACGCUCCAGUCAGGCUCUGAUGUUAAAGCAGGGCGAGCCUGGAGCUCAGGGACCCCCAGGACCUCCAGGACCCCCUGGACCUCCAGGAACUGCAGGUCUGAAUGGAGCCAGUGGCCCACCGGGUAAACCAGGUGAACCUGGUAAACCAGGCAAAGACCCCAGGCUUUUACCAGGACUGAAGGGAGAACCAGGCGCUCCGGGACAAAAGGGUGAUCAAGGCCAGGUCGGUCUGCCAGGUCCUGAAGGCCCACAGGGUAUUAAAGGAGACCAGGGAGCCAAGGGAGAUGAAGGAAAGAGAGGUUUCCCAGGAGACAAGGGAGACAAGGGAGAACCCGGUUUCCCAGGAGCCCCUGGGCUAAAGGGCCAGGCUGGCGUCCCUGGUACCCCUGGUAUUCCUGGCAAACGGGGCUACAGGGGUGAGAAGGGAGAACCAAGUAUUUCAGGCCAGGGAAUGAAAGGAGAACCAGGUUCUCCAGGACUGCCAGGGCUGAUCGGAGCUAAGGGCGAUAAAGGAGACACUGGGGACAAGGGGGAAGCAGGUCCUGAAGGCCCGGCUGGACCAAGAGGUCCUCCAGGUCCAACUGGGGAACCAGGAAAGUCUGAAAUCCUCAACAAUGAAAAUGACAUCCGGAACAUACCGCUGAUGGGUCCUCCUGGAUUACCUGGACCUCCAGGGCCCCCAGGAUCUGCUGGUGCUAAGGGUGAAGUUGGUCUCCCAGGUCCUCCAGGAUUGGACGGAGAAAAGGGACCCAGAGGAAAGCCUGGAGAAACCGGUCCUGCAGGCCCAGCUGGUCCUGAAGGUCCCAGAGGGGAGGGCGGAGUCAUGGGCUUCCCAGGACCCAAGGGAGACAAGGGAGACAUGGGUCCAUCUGGAUCACCUGGUUUAGAUGGCCCUACGGGUGAAAAGGGGGCCACAGGGGCCCCUGGCCCUAUUGGAUUACCUGGCACAAUGGGUCCUAAAGGCGAGCCUGGGGAGGGAGGACAGUCAGAGAUGAUCUACGGCCCUCCUGGCCCACCAGGACCCCCAGGACCGGUUGGCCCUGCAGGAUCUCAAGGAGUAUCGGGGCCAAAGGGUGAGCCUGGCAUCGGGAUCAGAGGAGAAAAAGGUGCAACAGGACAGAAGGGUGACAAAGGAGACAGAGGACACCUGGGACUCCCUGGGGCUCAUGGGUUAGACGGCAGACCAGGUCCAGUGGGUCUAAUAGGACCAGCAGGUGUACCAGGACCAGCAGGACCAAAGGGGGAGAGAGGUGAAAAAGGAGAUGCAGGAUUACCAGGACCAACUGGGCCUCAAGGCAUCCCUGGUUUAGUAGGACCACAAGGACUCAAAGGGAACCGGGGAGAGAGGGGCAAGAAAGGCAACAGGGGGGCCAAAGGGGAUAAGGGAGACCAAGGAGCACCUGGAUUAGAUGCCCCCUGUCCGUUGGGAGACGACGGCUUACCCGUACCUGGAUGUUGGAAUAAAUGACGAUAACUUUGGAAUGGCUUGUGUGAUUGUAUAUAGGAUAUUUAUUUUUUUACUUUUUCCCUAUUCGGUUAUACACAAAAAAAA